AUGGAAAAUUUGAAUGGCAGCAAAACCAGUAAUCAGACCAACACAGAAGCAGAUGUCAGUGUACUUAUCUGGUACCUCCUGCCCACUGUAUUAACAGUGCCAACACUGGGGUUACCAACCAAUGUUCUGGUCUUACGCCUUUUGCUGGGCAAACCUGGUGUCUGCUCCACCUCAGAGAUCUUCACACUCAACCUGGCAAUUUUUGACUUUCUGUUCUGCAUCACGGUGAUCGUUGAGUUCAGCCGACUACUGUUGAUUAAAACAAUGGAGGCCUAUAACUUCCUAGCUUGGGGUUUGAAUCAAGCAGGAGGGCCAUUGUUACUAUGCAUGUUGAGUUUGGACAGCUACAUGGCUGUCUGCCAUCCCCUGGUCUUCUUGCGGCUCAAAGAUCCAAAACUGCGACUAUUCUUGUGCCUGGGGACAAGUGUUUUAACUGUUGGAUCUUGCGCUCUGGUGAAGCUCAAGUCGUCGUUCAAGUGGAAAGUCAUUAUGGUGCUUCAAAGCUGUGUCAUAGUGAUCAUAUCAACCUGCAACAUCCUGAUUCUCAAGUCCCUCCACCAAGCCGGGCCAGGCAAGAAGAAGGUUCAUCCUGUGAAAAAGCGGGCAUUCAAGGUGGUGCUGACUGCGUUUGUGCUGGUCAACAUCCACUAUAUCCCCCCUGUUAUUGAGUACCUGAUUAGAGAGUUAGGUCCCGAAAUUUUUAGGCCCUUUUCAUUCCUCACCUGUGUGGCCUACAUAGCUUUGUCCGUGAGCUGUUUCGUUCAGCCUCUGAGUUAUCUUAUCCGCACCAAACGACUACCCAAGAUUAGAUGUCUCUGUGGCUCAAUUGCGGAGAAAGAAACAGUGGCAACUGUGGCAGCGUUGGUUUGA